AUGGCUAGACAGCUCCACCCCCUGUUGGCGCAACAGUUGGAGAGCGCCGGGGUGGACCUGCCAAGCUUGGGACACCACGGCUCCAGCCUGCUUUCGCUGCUUCACGAGAUUUCCAGGACUUACGAGCGGGCAAACGUGCCCUGCCCUCCGUCUACGGCGCCGCUGCCACGGUCGCGGCCAUCCUCGCUCGGCGCGGCCACAGCUGUCCAUGCCUGCAACACGGCGACGAGCUCACCGGGGCCCUCCGUCUCGAGCGGCGACCCGGUGAUCGCGCACGCCGAGGUGCUGAAGCGUAUCCUCGCGAAGUUCCGCACCCGCGCCUCGAGCUGCAUAGAGACCCUCCGGCGGCUCCACGCCGAGCAGGAGUGGCUUGCCUUUCGGCGAGAGGCGCACUCGCUCAAGGGCUCGUCGGGCUAUAUCGCGGCGUGGCGGCUGCACAAGGCGGCCUUCACACUGCAGCGCGUGGCGGAGGCGACAAACGAGGGCAAGCCGCCCGAGAUGCCGGUGGAGGAGGCGAUGGCGGCGCUCGAGGCGGAGAUUGGGCUCGUAUUGGCCGAGAUUGACAAGACGAUGGGCGAGGAGUGA